AAUUGCAUGCAGGCAUGCUUUGGUCCCUGCUUGAAGGACAUGAGCGCUGGCGUGUGUGGCUCUCAGACACUCUCAGGGCCGAUUUCAUCACUUCUCACACAAGUAGUCGUCUAGCAGCCCGUCACUAAGGAAGCUACAAUGCAUGGUCUGCACACUCGUCCCACACCUGGGAGGGAGGCUGGGGAUCUGGUCAAGCAGUGGAAUAAAUGAAGAAGUGGCUUCUGGGUGUUUGUGCAACAUGGAUUUGAAUUUCUGAGUGUUCACUCAGGCCAAUACACUUGCAGGCAAUGCCUUCUCUGCCAUGUGACCGCUGUGGGCACAGGAGAGCCAUGACCACGGACAGAGAUCUCCUCAUGGACGGCCAGGUGCCCGCUGCCACCAUCGCUGCGCAGGGCAUCGACAUCACGCCCAAGCAGGACCAGGGGGUGUGUAAGGUGAUCAAACGUCAUGGCGAGGAGGGGGAGUGUCCGAUGAUCGGUGACAAGGUGUAUGUCCACUACACGGGCAGGCUGCUCAACGGCAAGAAGUUCGACUGCAGUCUGGACCGCAAAGAGCCCUUCGUCUUCAACCUUGGCAAAGGUCAGGUGAUCAAGGCCUGGGAUAUCGGGGUGGCCAGUAUGAGGAAGGGGGAGCUGUGCCUGCUGCUGUGCAAGCCAGAAUAUGCUUAUGGGGCUGUUGGAAGCCCCCCUAAAAUACCUCCUAACUCCACACUGGUUUUUGAGGUGGAGUUGCUCAGUUUCAAAGGGGAGGAGCUGACUGCAGAUGGGGGUGUGGUCAGGAGGAUCAAGGAGAAAGGUGAGGGGUUUAACAACCCCAAUGAAGGCGCCACUGUGGAAGUGCACCUGGAGGGCAGCUGCGGGGGACGUGUGUUCGACUCGCGUGACGUGCGGUUCGUGGUUGGGGAGGCGGAGGAGAAGGGCGUGCCCCUGGGUGUGGACAGGGCCAUGGAGAAGAUGCAGAAGGGGGAAUGCUGCCUGCUCUACCUCAAGCCCAAGUAUGGGUUUGGAAAAGAAGGAAAACCUGAGUUCAGCAUCGAGCCGAACGCGGAGCUGGUGUACAAAGUAACAUUGAAGGAUUUUAAAAAGGCCAAGGAAUCCUGGGAAAUGGACCUCAAAGAGAAGCUGGAGCUGUCAGCCACUGUCAAACAAAAAGGAACACAGUAUUUCAAGGCAGGGAAGUACCUCCAGGCGGUGAUCCAGUACCAGAAGAUUGUGUCUUGGCUGGAGAUGGAGUACAGCCUGGAGCAGGAGCAGGAGAAGGCCGUGCACGCCCUCAUCCUGGUGGCCCAGCUCAACCUGGCCUUGUGUCACCUGCGGCUGCGCGAGUACUCCCAGGUUGUGGAGAACUGCAACAAGGCGCUGGAGCUGGACGGUGGGAACGAGAAGGCUCUGUACCGGCGCGGGGAGGCGCGGCUUCUGCGCAACGAGUUCAGCCUGGCCAUGAGUGACUUCCACCGCGUGCUGGAGGUCAACCCCGCCAACCGGGCGGCGCGCGGGCAGAUCGCCGUCUGCCAGAGCAAGAUCCGAGAGCACCACGAGCGCGACAAGAAAACCUACGCCAACAUGUUCCAGAAAUUUGCUGAACACGACGCCAAGGUGGGGCGGAGGAAGAAGCAUGCGGAGGAGUGUGGUGGCGAGGCUGGCGAGAGCGGAGAGGGUGGAGAGGGCGGAGAAGCUGGCAAUGUUGAGAGCCUCAGUAGCCCGGGAGCCAAGCGCCGCAGGAAGAGCAUGGAGAGCCCGUGAGGCAGGGGCAGGGGGCAGACUCAAUGUGUCCAGCGUCCCCCGGGCAAGAGCGGGGCGCGGGAGGAGAGGUGACGUGCCACUGACAAUCCCACAGCCCGCUGACACAGCUCGCUGAGCACGAGCUGCCGCCCUCGUUGGGAGGGGGAGAUCUGGCUGUAUUGGCAUUCCUACACGGGGCAGAACUGCCAUGAGCUUGCACAUUGCAGAGGGGCCUUAAUUCCUGACUAGUCUUUUGUUACUUUUGUUAAGGCUUUGUCCUCAUUACUUUAUUGCCAUCACCAUUGUUAUUAUUGUUGUUGUUUCUGUUGUUCCCAUUAAGCUGAUCGGCACCAGAUACGCGCUGACAUCUGUGCUGUCUCCAGCUGGAGCUCCACAGAGCAGGCUUGUCAGGCACCGCAGUGCAGUUUGGCGAUAUGGAUGCUAUGAAGAUCGGCCCAGCUAGGGGGCAGUGUUGGCACAUAAGCAUAGGUGGCUUGGACACAUGCUGCAAGGGAGGGUGGCAGGACUGCCACCUUGGACACUGCAGGAGCCUUGGACCGAAGUAUAAAUGACUCCUCUUCCUUUGAGGAAGAGAACAAUGUGGGAAUGUCGGGCUCUUCGGAUGGACACUGUCGCACCCCUCAGUGCCACCUUCAACAGCUCUGAGUACCUGGCCUAUCUUCAGAGUGCAGGCUCCAUUCGGGGGCGCCAAGUGUAUGACACCAGGACCGGCACCAGGACCUUGCCUGCAGCCUUGUCUUUGACUGCGGCUCCUCCGUACUGCAGAGGAGGUGUCUGUCUGGAGCAAUAGGACCUUUCUGGCAGACCCAAACCCCUUGACGGUUUGCACUGUGUCAGGCCUGGGUCAGGCCUUGCUGCCUCUCUCUCCCAGCGCACAGACAACGACCCCUCCUGGGGCCGUUCACCCCAGCAUCUCUUCACCCCCCCCGGAGGAAGUGUGUGUGGUUCCUCGCAGCCCCCUCAGGAGUGGAACAGCCCCCCUCCGCCACAGGACAGCUCCCUGCUGGUCCGUCCGGCUCCAUGCCUCUGCCAAGUUUCCAGGAAACAGGCACAGCUGUGAGAGUUAAAGACUAAGUCCAUCCUGUGUCUGUAUGUAUUUUACACACCAUUCAAGCCGACUGAGUAUUCCAACGUGGAGCAGAGGCCACGUCACCACCAGCUCCAGAACCGCCAUGUUUUGGCGACUACAAUUCCCACAAGAAGGGGUCGUUAUCAGCAGUCGUGACUGAAACUAGACCCAUGACCCAAAGCUGUCUCCUCCAGCAAUUCAAACCCUCUUACCUCUGAAAACGUGGUCUGUCAUGAAAAACGAGUGACUGAUGUGUUUAUUUAUUUCUGAUUGUCAGCUAAGCAGUUAUGUUUUUUUACCUCCAGGAAAGGGCGAAGAGGUUACUGUUUAUCAUUGUACUGUAGCUGUAUCCGUGGAGACAGCCUUGUCAAGAGUAGCUCCCACCCUUGUCUCUGAGGCGGCUUUUGGAAAAAGUGGGACGCCACCCUUCACAUGCAAUGUACUGUGCAUCAGGGCCACGCAGACGCCCACAGCCUGACUUGAAACCCCCCCUUUUCCUGGGGCAGCGCCGAAUUCCUAAAGCCUUUAAACCUUUUUGUAACAGAUGAGUUUCAGCGUCUGAGUAGGAUUCAGAGUAGGAUUCAUUUCCGAAUAGCCCGGUUCUGUCUGGCAGUUUAAUCUGCAGGUUGAGAAGAUGCAUAGUGAUCAGGGGAAGAGUGUUUAUGGGUGCUAUCUCUCUUGGGUUGAGACCUGACUGCCUGAGCCCAGAUCAGCAGAGAGGUGGCUGUGCUCUUCGAGGGCUGUGAGUGUGAUGAGGACUCUGAGAGAAGGGGUCUAGAGUCCCGCAUUGACACCCCCUGUGAUAAGAAAAAAUAGGGGCUUGUCCUCAUCCAGAAACCUUCGCUAUGAACUCCACUCAGACACCCUUUCUUAAAAACAUACCAGUGUUAUCCAGUUGUGUUUCUGCUCAUUUUGGUUUGCUCCUAUUUUGGGACAGAUCCUGAUAACUGCUCCUUAGAAUCUAGGGGAGAUGCAGCAGUCUGUGCUGCAAGCUUAUUGUCCAGGAUGUUAAACUUAACAGGACAGUCUCUCACCGCUGCAGGCAUCACAGAAAUGUUUUAUUACCGACAUUCCCUCUGCUUCCUAACAUGGCUGACCUGUUCCCGUUAUAGAUUCAGAGCAUUAUAUAAAACAACAUUGAGACAAAACGCACCUGGAUAUCACUGGCCAGGCAGAAAUAUAAUCCUAAACCAGCAAAGUGAUACCAGGGACUCCAGCACCUGAUCGUGCAAUUCUAACGUCGCCACAUGCUAGGAAUGGAAAUGACAUUGGUAAAGGUGGGACACAAGGGGAAGAGUCUGGGAAGCAGGUUCUCCACAUUCUCUCCUCCACUCCCAUGGGUACAGCUUUUCUUCCAAAUCACUGUCACGUACGCUGACUGACCUCCAGACCCUGUGUCUGAGCUUGUAACGUCUGUGGCUGGGCGUCAGUUUGAGUGGGGACCAUUAAGAACAGGAGAAAGAUCACUAAGAGGUAGACUGCACUCAGCCAAGCUUGCCCGUUCUGCAGUUAGUAGCUCAUUGACCCCAGGAUCUCAUCUGGCUGUGUCUUGAAAAAAGUCAGGGUACUGGCUUCAGCCCUCAUGGCUGGCAGCGUGUUCUUGAAGUCGGUACCCUGGCUUGUUUCAGGAAAGGGCUGCCAACUGGCCGGACAUUCUCCUGUCAUUCAUGACCUCUCUGCUCUUCCUCAUGUCCUUCUGCUCCCUGCUCAGACAGACCACAGAGGUCACAAACUCGGACACUAAUUAAGCACGUUAAGCGAAACGUCCGAGACCACUGAGACUGAGUCACACUUCCAGGAGGUUUGCUCUGCUUCCCCCUCCCUUCUUCUGUUGCCACAAACGAGCUCUGUGGCUCUAUUGGCCUCCAGACUCCCGGUUUCAGUUCCUGCCCCAACUCGGCCUCUGCAGAUGAAAUGACCCCUGACUGUGCUUGGGUUUGUGGGACAGGACAGGGGUCCUUCAAGGCUCAGGGGGCAGAGGAGAUCUCCAAACGUGAAGCCUUCGCAUAAACAGUUGUGAGACUCAAACCUGCAGGCCAGCAGUAGACGUGGUUUGGGAAGAAGCUUUUCAUUAGUGUGUUUUUUGGGGGGGUGGACUCACAGCCAUCAGAGGUGGGGGGACACAUGCACAUCCCUGGACCCUCUUCAACCAUGUACUGCUUGUCAUGUCCAGAUGGGAAUUAAUGCUGAAAUUCUGGGUGGAGAAAGUACUCAACAUGAUAUAUAUAUGUAUUAGAGGGACUCAGAACUACUUUUUCUUUCAUUAAUUGUUUUUUAUGGAGUAAUACACCUGAAUAAGUUAGCCUUUUAUUUUGAUUUUAAUGAUCUGAUCGUUUUGUUUAAUUUGUUGCAUUCAUUAAAUUCUUUGUCAGUAUUA